CUUUCUGGGUUUUGAUUUAGAAAGUGUUUAUACAAGUAAAGGAGUGAUAGAGAUUUAUACAAGUACUGCAAAAUUUGAAGCAACUCCAACAGAAGCAGCUUUACCGACAAGAAAAGAUACAAAAAUACUUGUUUUAAACACUUUGAGUGGGUAAUUCGUUAGCUAAUGACCUAAAGUGUAAACACGUUCAAGAGAGGGAAUUGGCUGUAGCUCGGGGAAAACAAGGACUGGGAAGUGCACCCAUCUAGAAAUACUGGGUUGUAAAAUAUCAAAACAGAGAGGGUAAGUUUCUGAUAUGGAUUAUCAGUUCGAGGAGGUACAAUGGAUAGGUUUUUCUCACUAGGAGGAAGAGGAAGUAACAGCCAAGAAUAUCAGCAAAGCAACCCACCAACUGAAAUUCAAACCGAGUGCUGGUUCUGGUAUAAAAACGAGAAUAUUUCUUACGAGGGUUUCGAGCCAUGGCAACAACUGCAACAGCAACAACUUUGUUCAUCAGCAGCGGGGUUAGGUGUUGGCCCUAACAGGAGCUCGAUCAACGUUUCUGAUGAUUCUUCGAGCUCGAGAUCGGCUUUCGGGAUUGAGAGAAGUAGUAGUGGAGGAGGGAAAGGCCGAAGCAUGAAUUGCCAAGAUUGUGGGAAUCAAGCUAAGAAAGAUUGUCUUCACAAGAGGUGUAGAACUUGUUGUAAGAGCCGAGGAUUUGAUUGCCAGACCCAUGUUAAAAGUACUUGGCUUCCUGCUUCUAAGCGCCGUGAAAGGCAACAAAAUCUUCCUGCUGCUAUGCAGCAGCAACAACAACAACAGCCGCAGCAGCAGCUUCGUGGAGAGAACCUCAAAAGACAGCGAGAGAAUCCAACACCUUCUUCCCUUGCCUGCACUCGUUUACCAACACACAUGUCAGGGUUAGAGCAACUGGGGAGUUUUCCUCCAGAAGUGAGCUCUCACGCGGUGUUUCGAUGCGUGACAAUGAGUAGCACCGACGAUGCCGACGAUCAGUAUGCUUAUCAGACGGCAGUGAGCGUCGGAGGGCAUGUUUUUAAGGGAAUUCUUUACGAUCAAGGUCCUGAUAUCGACAGUGAGUACACCAUGACAGCAAUAACAGCAGGAGCAGCUGUUGAGAGUUCAGCCACCACCAACACGGCAACUUUUGCAGCUAAUACCAGUGCCGGUAGCGUCACAGCUGCUGCUUCUUCAUCAGCCACCGCAGUUUUAGACGCUUCAUCUCCAUAUGCAACUCCACUCAAAAUUUUCAUGGCUGGUACGCAGUUUUUCCCAAACCCACGAUCUUAAAAAAAAUCUCUACGGUGUUUUUCUCUUGUUCCUCUAGCUUUAUGAACGUUCUAAGCAUUUGAUGAUACAACCCGGUCCAACAUUGAAGUAGGGAGUUGUUAAUAGAGUUGAAAGGAAAACAGGAGAGAGAGAGAGAUAGAUGAUGGAGAUUUCUGUUCAUUUUGUGUGGAAAACUG